CUCAAAUAUAUUGAUAUUGCCGAAUUCUCAGCUGAUAUUGCCUCCUCUAUGUUUUGUGCAAGCGUGCACUGGGACAACAUUGAUGCACUCUCUGACUGCUUUAACAUGACCCUUACUGACAUUUUGGACAAGCAUGCCCCGCUUAAAACAAGUAUUAUGAUAAAUCGUCCAAAGAUCCCGUCGUUUAAUGAUGACAUUAAACAACUUAAGCGUAAACGUCGUCGCCUUGAAAAGAAAGCCUUGAAAACUGACCUCCCUGGCGACUGGAAUGAUCACCAUAAAGUUCGUAAUCAGUACUCCGCACUUCUUAAAUCUGCACGUGUGAAUUACCAUUCAAACCUAAUUGAUCAGUGUGCGGAUGACUCUCGCAAGCUAUUCUUUGUCUCAAGACCUUGUAGCCAGAUCCUCUCACUCUUUAUCUUGGCCGCCAUUUUGAAUGAAUUUCGUCUGUCCGUGGACAAAUCGGUCACGUGA